AUGAUGUAUAAUUGUAUACGAGUACCUUUUUAUAUUUUCGGAAAACGGAAAAUCUUUUUCAGAUAUCAGGAUCGCCGAUCAAACUAUCCUGUCUCCGGUCACCAUUGAAAAAUGGGAGAGAAGAAGAAAAGUGCCACAAUAUUAAUAAGACUAGUUUCAGCAGCAGGGACAGGAUUUUUCUAUGUAAAGAAGAAGAACCCUAGGAAGAUACCGACAAAGUUAGAAUUCCGAAAGUACGACCCUCGUGUUAAUCGCCAUGUUCUCUUCACGGAGGCAAAGAUGAAAUAAUUCAAAACAUGGUGAUCUUGGUAGUCUUUUCGACCCAAUAUUUGUUUUUGAGCUCACUUUUUCUUUCCUUGUAAGAUUUUGGUUUUUAUUAUUAUAAACAUGAGUAGUUCUUAUCGUUUUCCUUAAUUACAAACAAUGUUUGGGCCAUGUUCUUAUUAAUGCAAGCCAUUGAUUUAUGGUCA